AUAAUUUCUGGUAUCAAUACAAUAAUAAGAGGGAAGAAAAAGGCUAUAUGCUAUCAAUAUUAAACAGUCUUGCUGAAUAUUUCCAUCUAAUGAAUGAUAUAAUGCCAACAUCAGAAAAUAAUGAAGUAAUACCACAAAAACCCAUAUAUGUUGUUUUUGACGGAAAGCUUCCUGGAGUGUACAUAUCUUUUGAAGAGAUAGUAGCCCAAAAAAUAGAUGCAAAAUUAAUGGGUGGAUUGUCAUGGAAAAAAUAUAUAGAUUUUGAUGAAGCUUUAACUCAGGCCAGAAAAAUAUUAGGAAUAAACUACUACUUGGAACCAGCAGCAAAAGAAUAUAUACAAAAAUGCAAAAAAGCCAAAAAUAAGAAAGCUCCAGAGAACCCAUAUUGUUCAAAUAUUAAGAAUGAAGGAUCAUCCCAAAAACCUACGUAUAAGGAAUGCUUGACUAAGGGAGUAGAUCCUUUGGAUGGCGAAUAUAUCGAUUGGAAAAUAAUUGAAAAAUUUGAAGAAGCAUCCCCCAAAUUAAAAAAGAAUUGAAAGAAGAAAUACUUAAAGAAUUAAAGAAAGAAAUGAAUGACAAAUUUGAAGAAAUGAAAAAAGCAUAUGAUGAAAAAUUUGAAGUCUCCUUUUCUGAUGUAGAUACUAUGGAUUUAGGUGGUCAUGGGCAGCCUGACCAAUAAAGCAAUAUAAUAUAAAUUGAUAAUAAAUAUCCAUUCUUUGGGCGAAUGACCAAAGUAUGAAUUGAAUUUGAAUCAAUCCAAAAUGCAAGGACAGUGAAUGACAUUUGACUGUUAAAAAUACUGUGGAGAAUAUUGCUUUCGGCGGAAAAGAAAGGCGCAGGUACAGAGGUGUCUCCACCUUGGCCAAUUCAAGGACAAAGUAAAGCCAAAAAGAAGAUAAGCAUCUCCAUGGUGCGAGCCAGCUCGUGAAAAUACAGUAUCUAGAAGAUAAGCUUGAAGCAUAGUCGAGCCUCCCGAGCUCCUAUAAAAGGAGGGGUUUGCUCAGCUGAGAAGAACAACGAAGACACCAUUCAGAGCAAAGCUUUCAAGCGCGCUCUCACCCUCCAUUCCACCAUUCUUAGUAGUAGUGACUUUAGCCUACCUUGCAUAGUAUAUUGAAGCAAGGAGUUGUGUUAUAACGCUGUGUAAGGCUCAAGUCAAAAUACAGUAACAUGGCUAUCUUCGUGCUAGAGAUCAAGACUCCAUUAUAAAAACUUCCUAGGGCAAGUACACAAGAUUAAGGGGUUGUUUGGUUGAUGUCUAAGCUUGUCAUAACUAAGCUUAGGCAAGUUGUGGCAUGUGGCAAAAGUAUGGCUAAGAAAUAGUUAGCCACAAGUGUGGCAAUAUUAGCUCUAAUUAUCUGAGUAUGAUAUGUAGUACCUAAGGGUAGGAAAGUGUGGCAUGACAUAACUGUGGCAUUGAAACAAACACACGACUAAAAACUGUGGCAUGACUGAAGUGUGACGUGGUAAAGUGAAGCAAUCAACCAAACACCUCCUAAUUUCAAAAAGAAGAAGAAGAAGAAGAUGAAUUCAGCCUACUUACUUUGAGUGGGUGUUGAUAUGAACUGAGCUUAUUAAAUGAUGAAAAUGAAACGAGCAGAGAGUUGAUCAAUCCGUGUCGAGUCAAUAUCGGCCAUGCUGUGAUACAGUGGUAGCAUCUGCAGCCAGCUACGAGAUGAUUGCACCGAUUGUUUCCUCUGGCCUCGAGCCAAGGAUGUAAUUACAGUACGUAAUUGGUGCUAUUCAGGCCAGUUUUUUUAAGCUUAGAUUAAGUUGCGCGGCGGGCCAGGGAGCGGCCGUAGAGUAUUUGUUUUAGUAAUUUAGGGUUUAGCUAGGCAUGCACGAGCCAACGUGGAGAAGAUAUCGUUCAUGUGCAAAACGGCAAAUCUCUUCCCUUCCUACGUACUACUACUACUAGCGUCGUCCAAAAUUUGCCGACCGAAUCCAAACUCCCAUCUGCGCAGGCGCAGCGACCCAAACCGGGCCGCACGCGGCUACACCACCACUACAUAUAACACGCGCGAGGGGAGCAGCAGCAGCAACGGCCGCGAUAACACCUGCGACAAACCGGGCCGGGGUGAUCGAGCGCAGCUAGCGCGCGGCGCCAUGGACCCCUGCGCGUUCGUCCGCCUCACCGUGGACCAGCUCCUCCUCAAGCUGCCCUCCGUGCCGCGCCCGAGCUCCGGCGCCGCCGGCGUCCACCCUUCCACCUCCCCAUGCUUCUGCACGCUCCACCUCCAGGACCACCCCUCCGCCGGCUCCCACUCCCGCACCGCGCAGCUGCCGCUCGCGUCAUCCGAGUCCCCGGGCCCCGUCGCCGCCGGGGAGCCCGUGGUGAUAAGCCUCGACGCCGCCGCGGUGCAGAGGCUCUCGGCGCGCCCCGCCGCCGAGCUCGUCGUGUCCGUGCACGCCGGGCAGAAGGGGAACGCCGGCUGCGGCAUGAGCGCCGGCCGCGCGCUGGGCAGGGUGCGGGUGCCCGUCGACGUGGCGCGCGCCGCGGCCGGGGAGACCGUCGUCGCGCGCGACGGGUGGGUGGACGUGGGCAAGCCGGCCGCGGCGGCGGCGUCCCACGGCCACGCGCGCGCGCAGAUCCACAUGGUCGUGCGGGCCGAGCCCGACCCACGGUACGUCUUCCAGUUCGGCGGCGAGCCGGAGUGCGGGCCGGUCGUCUACCAGGUGCCCGGGGGCGCCGCCGGCGGUGGCCAGCGGCAGCCGGUGUUCACCUGCCGGUUCAGCGCUGGGCGGAGGGCAACCAGGACCAGAUCGUUGACGUCGGAGUCGUCCAUGACUCGGAGCACCAGCAGGAAGCUGCGGUCUUGGCUGAGCACGCUGCACGGCGACCGCGACGCGCAGGCGCGGCGCGAGCAGCGCAAGGGGUGGACGGUGACGAUCCACGACCUGUCGGGCUCCCCGGUGGCCAUGGCGUCCAUGGUGACCCCGUUCGUGCCGUCGCCGGCGGGCUCGGGGCGCGUCUCGCGCGCCAACCCUGGCGCCUGGCUCAUCCUGCAGCCCACCGGCGCCGGGCCGGCGAGCUGGAAGCCGUGGGCGCGGCUGGAGGCGUGGCGGGAGCGCGGCCCCGUCGACGCGCUCGGCUACCGGCUCGAGCUGGUGUUCGACUCGGGCCCCACCGAGUGCGCCGUCCCCAUCGCCGAGUCGUCCAUCAGCACCAAGCGCGGCGGCCAGUUCGUCAUCGACCCGGCCACGUUCCCCGUGGGCGCCGCCGGCGCCGCGUGGCCGUUCGCCGGCGGCUUCGUGAUGGGCUCCACGGCGGAGGGCGAGGGGAGGGCCAGCCGGCCCACCGUGCAGGUCGGCGUGCAGCACGCCACGUGCAUGGGCGACGUGGCGCUGUUCGUCGCGCUCGCCGCCGCCGUCGACCUCUGCAUGGACGCCUGCAAGCUCUUCUCGCAGAGGCUCAGGAAGGAGCUGUGCCAUGAUCAAGAGGACUAGCAGGGAGACGAAACGGAAUCAAGUGCAUGUACUUGGGGGUUUGGCUUGUGAAGUUGUGAUGCAUGCGAUCACUUUCAUGAUUGUGAUUAAAUUAGUUAACUAUAGAUAUUCAAUUGUUUCUUGUGAAAGUGAUGGCCUGUGGCUGUUUUUAGUUUAGGCUGGGUCGGAUCACAAGAAGAGAAACGUAUGCUCUAUAUUCUUUCCUCGCGAUAUUCUUUUGAUUCUUUUUAAUUUAUAUACGUUUCUGUUCCUCUUUUUUCCUUCUGAAAGUCUGGAAAUAAACUCGGCUGCCCGAUGCAAAUCUGCCCUUUGGUGUCUCUGUAGACUGUAGCCUGUAGGUGCCUCUGAUGAGUUGAUGUACACUACACAAAUUGUCUUUUCAGUCAACAGGUUAAUUAUACUA